GUCAAGUCCAGCUGAUAAAAUGUCAAAAAAUGUUGACAUGUCAGUCUUAUCACUCAAAACUGACUUAACGUUUAAUUUUAUCACAAUGUAAAAUAACAGAGAACAAACGUGCAUUUGCCGAACAAGAAUGGCACAUUCCGUCAAUACCACUCCACUUCUCCAAGAAGUUGACUCUUCGGACAAUGAGAACGAUAUUUUAGAAAAUGGGGUUGUUAUACGGGAUAAUAAGCCAUUGUUCAAGUCGGCUGAACCCAAAGACAAGUACUACAUGGCGUAUAUCAUAUUUUACUUGCUGGGGAUGGUGACAUUGCUUCCCUGGAAUUUUUUCAUAACAGCUGAUGAUUACUGGUUGUACAAGUUUCGUAAUGUUAGCAAUAACGAUACUUCAGUAAGUAAGCGAACCCCUUUACAAACGUGUUUCACAUCAUACAUAAGUGUGGCUUCAGCAGUCCCAAAUUUAGUGUUUUUGAUUUUAAAUACCGCACUGACCCAUCGAAUCUCACUUCAUAAACGCGUCAUUGGAUCAUUAACUUUUAUGUUAGGUUUGUUUAUAAUGACACUGGUUUUUGUCACUACUAACACAGAUAAGUGGCAAGACACCUUUUUUAUUGUCACAAUCACAACAAUUGUUUUGUUGAAUGUUUGUAGUGCUGUGUUAUCUGGCAGUAUUUUCGGGGUGGUUGGACGGUUUUGCCCCAUUUAUAUUACGGCCACUUUGGGCGGACAAGCCUUAGGUGGAAUUUUUGCAGCCUUGGCUGAAAUCGCCUCAUUGUCAAUUGGAGCGUCCUCAGUUCACAGCGCGUUCGUUUAUUUCCUUAUCGGCAAUUUAACAAUCCUCAGUUCAAUUAUCUGUUACAUCAUCUUAACAAAAACAGUAUUUUUUAAAUUCCAUUUGUAUGAAAGAAGAAUUGCUCAAAAUGAAUUUGAAAACGAACUACUUAGACCACGCAUUAUUGAUCAUAAAAUGAUUGUGAAGAAAAUAUGGACCCAUGGCUUGUCUAUGUUUAUGGUGUUUGCCAUCACACUAUCAGUUUAUCCAAGCGUUACGGUUUUAGUGGAAUCUGAAGGGAAAGGACAAGGGCGCAGAUGGAACGAUGUUUAUUUUGUGCCCACUAUCGCAUAUCUCUUAUUUAGUGUGGGGGAUUACCUGGGCCGGAUUUUGGCGGGAAGGAUUCAAAAGCCCAAGAAAGGUUACAUUUUGCUCAUUUUGAGUACAGCAAGAUUUGUUUUUAUCCCACUCUUGAUGUUGUGUAACGCCCAGCCACGGUCACACUGGGCUGUUGUUUUUGACCAUGAUUACGAAUACAUUUCAAUAUUAUUUCUCUGUGCUUUAUCCAACGGUUAUUUGGCUAAUAUUACAGCUAUUUGUGCUCCAAGGGUUGUGGAAUCACAUGAAAAGGAAACUGCGUCUUCUAUGAUGACAGUUUUUAUGGGCGUUGGACUUGCUCUAGGGUCUGGAAUUAGUCUCUACAUGGUGAAAUUACUGUAAUGGUACUUAACAUUCUUUUUUAUUCCUACUGCCAUUAAUUGUGAUAUUUAUACGUGUGACCCAAAUUAACUCAUUAGGGGUAGAAUUACCUUCCUAGACGUAAAUAAACGAUAGUUAAGAAAAA